CGUUACGCUCCCUUUCUGCUACGCCAGAAAAAUUGUUGGCGUGUUUGUCAGACGUUGCAAAGUAUUUCGGUUUUGUGUCAAGCAAUAUAUAGUUAAACAGCAAAAAUGUACGGCGGUGAGGAAUUUGGUAACUCGGACUUUUACGAUGAUUAUGCGCACACGGGCGAUCCAGCGCUGGAUUUGGAGUACGAGCGUAACUUCUACGCCAACCGCAUGCCCGAGAAUGUCAAGUACUUUCUCAUGAACUUCUGCCAGGCGAUCAAGGAGGGGAAUCUCUACGACAUACAGAAUAUGUAUGAGAACACAUUCCCGCAGAUCAGCGAUCACCACUUCGACAAGACUGCUUGGCCAGAUGAGCAAGAGGUGGGCGCCAUUGUGGACAAUGACAAGGUGUUUCUGAUUUUGUACAAGGAGCUGUACUACCGUCACAUCCAUGCCCGCAUUCCGGGCGGACCUAAACUGGAGCAGCGCAUUAACUCUUUCUUCAACUACUGCGAUUUCUUCAAUCUAAUCAUUUCGGCUCAGAAUCCCGUAAUGCUUGAGCUGCCCGACAUCUGGCUUUGGGAGUUGGUCGAUGAAUUUGUUUACCAGUUUCAGAACUUUGCCCAAUACCGUGCACGCCUGACGGACAAGUCGCAGGACGAGAUUCAGCAGCUAUGCGUGAACCACAGCAACGUUUGGAGUAUUUUGUGUAUUCUGAAUGUGCUGCACUCGUUGGUCGAUAUCUCCAACAUUAAGAAACAGCUGGAGGCCAUCUCUCAGGGCAUCGAUCCACAAACCGUUGCUGGCGACUUUGGCAAGCUUGCCUUCUACAAGAUGCUUGGCUACUUCUCGUUAGUUGGUCUGCUGCGCGUGCACUCGCUACUGGGUGACUACUAUCAGGCUAUAAAGGUGCUGGAGCCCAUUGAGAUACACAAGAAAUCGGCCUACUCGCACAUACCCGCCUGCCAGAUAUCCACGUCGUACUAUGUGGGAUUUGCCUACAUGAUGAUGCGCCGCUACGCCGAUGCCAUACGCACCUUCUCGGACAUCCUGCUGUAUAUUCAGCGCACCAAGCAGCUGUAUAGCACUCGCUCCUACCAGAACGAUCAAAUCAACAAGCAAGCAGAGCAAAUGUAUCAUUUGCUGGCCAUAUGCCUGGUGCUGCAUCCGCAGUGCAUCGACGAGUCCAUUCAGCAAGUUUUGCGCGAGAAAAACUACCAUGACGCCAUGUUUAAAAUGCAAUGCGGUGAUUUGGAAGUCUUCAAGUCGUUCUUUGUUUUUGCAUGCCCACGAUUUGUUAGCCCCUGCCCGCCCGCCGCUGAUGCGCCCAUGGAAGACUACGUGAAGGACCCAAUGGAGCACCAGCUGCUCGUUUUCAUGGAUGAAGUGCGCCAGCAAAAGGAUUUACCUACCACCCGCUCGUAUCUGAAGCUCUACACAACAUUACCGCUGACCAAGCUGGCCUCCUUCAUUGAUCCCAAUGCGAGUGAGGAUGAUGUGUCAAAGCUACUUAUACGCUUGCUGUGCUUCAAGCACAAGAUGCGCAAUUUGGUUUGGAGCAAGGGUCCCAGUGGUCUCGAGGGCACCUUCAAGUCGGGCUCUGAGCUCGACUUCUACAUUGACGAUGAUAUGAUUCAUAUUGCCGACACAAAGGUCUCACAUCGUUAUGGCGAUUUCUUCGUGCGAAAAAUAAUGAAAUUCAACGACCUUAAUCGCAAGCUGAAGAACAUCAAUAUUUAAACACCUAAACCAACUACUUUGUACACGUUCGUGAACUAUUUAAUAUUCCAAUUUGGACUCAUUUGCUUUGGUAUCAAUAAAAACAAAAGAAAACUUCUAAUGCGGAGCAACGCAGCAAAAGGUCGAAA